CAGCAAAGCGCAUCUGCUUAUCUGCCGAACCUACAGCGCAGGCGCCUAGCUGCCCGCCGGUGCCCCCCACCCCCACCCCGUGUGUGCGCGGAAAUGUCGCCGACGAAGUCAUCGUGCCUCGCGGACGCCGGCGCGGAGCCGUUCCGGGUGUUCGUGGGCUACGACUCCCGCGAGGACGUGGCGUACCGCGUGUGCCGGCGCUCCCUGCUGCGCCGCUCGUCCAUCCCGCUGGAGAUCACCCCGAUCGUGCAGCAGGAGCUCCGCGAGGCGGGGCUGUACUGGCGGGAGCGCGGCCCGACGGAGAGCACCGAGUUCUCCUUCACCCGCUUCCUGACGCCCUACCUGGCGGGGUACCGCGGGUGGGCGCUGUUCGUGGACUGCGACUUCCUGUUCGUGGCCGACGUAGCCGGGCUGGUGGCGCUGGCGCGCGCCGACCCGCGGCGCGCGGUGCUGUGCGUGCACCACGACUACACGCCCACGGAGGCCACCAAGAUGGACGGCGCCGUGCAGACGGCGUACCCGCGCAAGAACUGGUCCUCCAUGGUGCUCUUCAACUGCGGCCACCCCAAGAACCGCGCCGCGCUCACGCCGGAGGCCGUCAGCACGCGCAGCGGUGCGUACCUGCACCGCUUCAUGUGGCUCGACGACGACGAGAUCGGCGAGGUGCCGUUCGUGUGGAACUUCCUCGUGGGGCACAACCGCGUCGACCCCGCCGACGAGGCUGGCACGGCACCGCGCGCUAUACACUACACGUCCGGCGGGCCGUGGUUCGAUAGGUACAAGGACUGCGAAUUCGCCGACCUCUGGGUCCAGGAGCGCGACGCCUACGAGGUCGACAAGGACGUGGAUGAUGGAUCCAUGCCCAUACGAGAGGCACCUGCAAUGGUGUCGGUGGAUGCACUCGAUUGAGACGGUCGACCAUCUCCCUGCUACCCACGCGGUCGUGUGCUGUUUGUUGUUUACGUUGUGUGCUGUUUGUUGUUUACGUUGUGUGCUGUCUCCUGUGCGUACGCGCGCGCUACCAAUACCACAUGUCCAUGUCCAUGCAUGUACUGUCUGUCACGUUGGUGUGUUAUCGAUGGUAGAAUAAAGAGGCGACCGUUGCGCAUGCCCAGCCACAACCACCUCAUCAUAGGUAGGUAUCGGUAUUUCGAAUCUCGCUCCGAUAAAUAAAUU